CUUGCUGUAUUUUGCUUUGGGGAAGGAUAUCUGUGUAUCACAGAGAAAUCGCGUUUAAAAUGACAGCUGCUAUUGUGGAAGCUCUCUGUAUCUUGACAAAACCUACCGGAGAUAUGCAUGUAAGCGGCGCACAGUCAUCCCAGCAGGGGGCGCUGCUGCACGCACUGCAGUCAAACCUGGAGCGGCUGGAGACUGGCCUGCAGGCAGAGCCGGGGCUGGUGGAGGCGCGCACUCUGCGGGACGAGCGUGGGGUCCCGUGGUACCAGGAGACGCAGGAACUCCCCUGGAGGUUCACGCAGGAGUGCCUCCUCCUGAUGCUUGGGCUCUCCCGCCACCUCUCCCGCCUGCUGGCGGCCUUCCGCCCUGUCACGGGCCCUCGUCCCGGGCCCCGGCUCCCCGAGCCGGCUCCGGCACUCCCUCCCGACGUCCUCAGCGUGGGCCAGCAGAAGGCCGUGGGGGCAGCGCUGCAGUUUGUUGUCACCCUGGGCCUCUGCCCCUACCUGGCCCCGGGGGUGGGCGUGCCCCUGGGGCGGAGGUCCGCGUUCGGGGCGGCCGUGGAUGCUGCGGUGCGCGGGGGCGGGACUGCAGACUGUGACAGGCGGCUCCUGGUCGUAACGAGCACCCUGCUGGAGCUGGCGGAGUUGUCUUCCCUCGCCACGCUGGUCUUCACCCGCCAUCUGGGGGAUGUGAUGGCGGGCCUCUGCCAGUUGGGCUACCGUCCACACCGGCCAGAGGGGGCCAGCACUGAGAGCGACAAGGGCAUCAGCAUGGAAGAGCGCCUGAACUGCAGGAAAGCACUGCAGGGCAUUCUGGGAAAAGUGUACCAGCCAAUUGUCAUUAAGGAGCUCCUGAUUCUCCAAGGUGGUCCCAAGCAGGCCCCUCCCUGGCUGCGGAGGCUGUGUGGGCAACUCCUGUCAGACAGGCUGAUGCAGCCCUGCGGAGUGCAGGCCGUGGUGCGAGCCGUGCUCGAGGGAGCUGGAGGGGGUGCUGCCGCAUCAGACUGGGGGAAGUGUGACAUGGUAGCCAGGGUCCUGGCAGCCUGCCCCCAGCAGGCCCUCUCUGUGGAGGAGUACUACAGGCAGGUGUGCCCACAGGUGCUGGAACUCCUGCACUUCCCAGACAAGCUGACAGCCCUGCAGUUUCAGCGAGUGGCCACCAGGGCGGCGCUCACCAUGUUGCAGGAGCGCCCGGAGCUUGCACGGCAGUACCUACUAACCCCCCUAUUGGCCCCUCUCGCCCGCUGUGGGGCCCCGACAGGGGGUCUCCCGGCCCCUGAGUGUGUGGCAGAGUGGGAGUUAACGCGCAGUGUUGAGGAUGUGUACAAGGUCUGGGUGGUUGGUAACAGUCCGUCUCCCGUGCUGUUGAAGGCUCUGGGAGAGACCGUUCCUGUCCUCUUCUCUCUGUACUGUUUCAGCAAGCAGAGCGUCUGCCAUUUACGCGCCCCCUGUGGGGAGAUCCUGCAGUGGUUCUUGUGCCACUCGGAGCCAGCCGAGGCCCUCAGUGCUCUGAAGCAGCUGUGCCGUCUCCAAACGCCAGUGGGCGGAGUCACACCAGGGUUCCACUUCUCUCCUGGCAGUGAGGGAGGAGCCAGGCUUGUACCCAGAGAGCAGAUCAGUGAUGAAGAUGAGGCUCUGUAUGAUAAGGUGUCAGGGGAGCAGUGGCAGGUGGAGUGCCUGGUUCAUUUGCUAGCCGAGAUGAAAGACAAGGACCUGCCUGGAGACUUCUUCCUGGAGCUACUUGAGGAGCUGACGGGCUGGGCUGCUGAGGAGGAAGUUGGGGAGGAGCAGGAAGUGGACACGUCGGCCAUGACGCUGUUGGAGCUGGAGGAGCAUCUUUUGCAGAGCACGGAGGGGCGUGGCCGCAGGCUGGCCCUGCUGCAGGUGCUGGCGGCCGUGUGUGAGGGCAUCUCCCACACCCUGCUGCUGCGCAAGCCCACCCAGGUGGUGGGGUUCAUGGUGUCCCUGUUGGAGAGGGCCUGUGUGGCUGUGGGCAGAGGCUGUGACAGUCCUGUAGAGACUCAGACUCUCAGCAUGGGCAUGGGCCUGGUGGCCACUCUGCUGGCGGGGGACAUGCAGUUGACCUCUCAGGACCGUGCCUCCAUGUCACUGCUGCUACCACCUCUGGACUACAUUUCCCAGAAGCACCCAGAGCUAGUCAUCCAGGAGCUGGCCUCUGAUUUGCGUGCAGCCAUAGCAACGCAUGGGGCGUUCUGCCCUGACACUGUGACCCAGGCAGCCCGCGCCCGUAUCCCACAGCGGACCCGCAGCACUUCGGCGGCCCAGGUCACACGGAGCAAGGACACCGCCAAUCCGCUACUCGUGCAGGACGCCCCCGGGGGAACAGGGGGCAGCGGGGGGUCCUCGCCCGCCAGCAGGGCGUUCUCGGAGUGUCUGCUGGAGGCCUGUGAUCCAGACGUCCCCACACGGGCGGUGGCGCUGAGGAGCUUGACCCGAGCCCUGCAGGACAGGAGCCUGGAGGCCCUGCAGGCCCAGGACAGGGUGCUGACUCUGUUUCUGGAGAAUCUGAACCACGAGGACUCCUUUGUGUAUCUUUCAGCUAUUCAAGGUCUGGCGGUGCUGGCUGACUCCUCCCCCGACACGGUCCUGCUCAGGCUGCUGGAGGAGUUCGGGGGCGGAGCCACGGGCCCCUCCCCCGAGGCAUGCUCCCUGGAGACGCGUCUGAAAGUGGGGGAGGUGCUAAUGAGGGCGAGCAGGGCGCUGGGUGACCUGGCUCCCCACCACGGCCGGCCCCUGAUUGGUGUGUUCCUGCGAGGGGUGAGGGAUGCAGAUCCCAGCGUCAGGGCCAGCAGUCUGUCUAACCUGGGGGAACUCUGCCAGAGACUGAACUUCUCUUUGGGUCCCCUCACUCAGGAGCUGAACUGCUGUCUGACGGCUGUGAUAAAGACGGAGAGGGAGGUGGAGGUGCGCAGGGCUGCGGUGCACGUCAUCGCCCUCCUGCUGAGGGGCCUGAGUGACAAAACCACACAGGUCCUGGGCGAUGUUCUACUGGAUCUUUACCGUGCACUGAAAAGUGUGGUGCGGACAGACAGUGAUGAUGUCACCGUGCUCCACGCCCAGCUGGCCCUGGAAGAGCUGGAUGAUGUCAUGAAGAAGUUUCUCUUCCCCGUGCAGAAACUGGAGAAGAAGAUUGUUGUGCUGCCCUGAGGCCAGAGAGGACAAACUUUACACACACAGACUUCUAGAUAUGUUUAGUAAGGAGUGACGUCUGCAUACGGAAUCUCACAUAUCGGAUAGGAAGAGUAUCUGUGUAUUGACUCAUAAAAUCUGGUCAGACAGGGGACUGUUCUGGUCAGACGCACCAUAUGGUCAGAAGGAGAACUUCAGGUAGUAGACCCACCAAGUAUGGCUGAUUUGUACACGUUUCAAGUUUGAGACCCCCCAAAAUCUGCUGUAAGCUGUGUGAGUUGUAUGCAAAUUUUGCCAGUAGUGCCUCAAGAGUCACCACAGUGUCACUCAAACCCAUGUGAGAAGCAGUAGACCUGCAGCUGCCAUUUUUGCAUUUCGUGUGUACGUUGAGUGUAAUUAAAAUGUAUGAAUAAAGUUCAUGCAUGAAAGUGA